GCACAUUAUUUGGCGGGAAAAGCGUCACGCCGCGCUGUUGGUACCUCCCAUCUUUCCCCAGAACAACGAUGGAAUCCGAUUCGGACUCCGAUGGUUCUCACAUCUCUGCAACUCCGCCUAGAGGAGAUCCAAAAGCUUCACAAGCUCAUCAUCUUUCUCCUCUCAAAAAAUCUACUAUUAAUCGGCACGGGAUUUCGUCUUGCACAAACUCUAUUUCAAGACAGAAGCCCGUCUCCUCAAGGCAGAAACCCCUGAAAACCAAAGCCAAAACCAAAACCAAAGCCGAAACCAAAACUAAAGAACCUGAUGAUGAUCCGCCACCAAGGGUUUUCCCUUCCGCUGAUUUCUCAACGCUGCCCGGUGUACCUAUUCAGAUUCGUCGCCCUUCUGAUCGAGACCUGGGUCCCUCGGCGUCCAAUUCCACGGAAACUCUUCGGCAAGGUCAUUUUGCAAAUUGGGCAACUUUCUCUUUCUCGAAGGUGCGACGGGUCAAUAUAGAAACUACCGAAGAAGAUGAAGUGCAGCCUUCUCUAUCAAUUUCACGGCCUGAGACUGGAAACAAUGGUGAUCGCAAUGAGCGUGGGGAGAGCUCUGCUGAAGCCGUUCCUUUGGACAUUAAUAACGAAUCUGCUCAUCUCAGUAAUUCUACUAAACCUUUAAGAAAACAUCCUAAUUCUAUAGGAGGCAAUGUACCACUACCUCUGAAACGGCGGAAAUGCGGUGGCGAAGGGAAUUUUGUUAGACUUAAUAUAAACGGCCGCGGGCGCAAGUUCACCAGCAAGGGAGGGAAAAGACGGAUAUCAAAUUACUCCACGAAUCGGAGAUAUUGUUCGAGAAGUAAGAGAAAACCCAGAAAAGAAGGCGAAGCUGAAGUGGAUGGGCUUUAUGACGAAGGUGGUUUAGUUUCGGAGACUCUAAGACAGAAGCAGGAGCAGUGCAAGCACGGGCGGUUCAGUUACGAAUUAAUUGAACAAGCCGUCUCAGAUGCUCGAGAUGAACCAUCGGAUGAGAACCUUAGGAAGCUGUUGAAGCUAACCCAUGGUUAUGAUUCCUUCCGCGAGGGACAGCUGGAGGCAAUCAAGCAGGUGAUUGCAGGUCAAUCAACAAUGCUGGUUUUGCCAACUGGGGCCGGAAAAUCACUGUGCUAUCAGUUGCCCGCACUGAUUUUACCUGGGUUAACUCUUGUUGUGAGUCCACUGGUAGCUUUGAUGGUCGAUCAACUAAAGCAGUUACCUUCAAUGGUUCAGGGUGCCCUCCUAUGUAGCAGUCAGUCAAGUGAAGUGACUUCUGAAACACUACAGCAGCUUCGGGAAGGACGCAUUAAGGUUCUUUUUGUUUCUCCUGAGAGGUUUCUAAAUGCAGAAUUUGUAUCAAUUUUUGGGACUACUCUACUUGUAUCACUUGUGGUGGUAGAUGAAGCUCACUGCAUUUCUGAGUGGUCUCAUAAUUUUCGACCAUCAUAUCUGAGGCUUAGGGCGUCAUUACUUCAGGCCAAGCUCAGUGUUAAGUGCAUUCUUGCAAUGACUGCAACAGCAACUUGUAAAACUUUGCAUGCUGUUAUGAGUGCUCUAGAAAUUCCUCCAACCAGUCUCAUUCAGACAUCUCAGAUAAGAGAAAAUUUACAGUUGUCCAUAACUUUGAGUGGAAAUAGGAUGAAAGAUUUGAUGAUGUUGAUAAAGUCUGCUCUUCUGGCCGAAGUUCGGAGUAUCAUUAUCUACUGUAAAUUUCAGUCUGAAACUGAUCUACUUAGUAAACACCUUUGUGACAACAAUAUCUUUGCUAAGAGCUACCACAGUGGUAUCUCAGCAAAGGAGAGGAUCCGUACACAAGAAAUGUUCUGUUCCAACAAAAUAAGAGUUGUUGUGGCAACUGUGGCAUUUGGAAUGGGGCUUGACAAGGGUGAUGUAGGAGCUGUCAUUCAUUAUAGCUUGCCAGAAAGUGUGGAAGAAUAUGUUCAGGAGAUUGGACGUGCUGGACGGGAUGGAAGGUUGUCCUAUUGUCAUCUCCUUUUUGAUGAAACAACUUAUUUCAAGCUACGCAGUCUUUUAUACAGUGAUGGUGUAGAUGAAUAUGCAGUAAACAGAUUCCUAUCUCAAGUUUUCAGCAGCAACAUGGGUUCUACUGGAAAAGUUUGCUCCUUGGUCAAAGAAUCUGCAUCCAGGAAAUUUGACAUGAAAGAAGAGGUUAUGCUGACACUUCUAACAUACCUGGAGUUGGGUGAAGUACAGUACUUGAACCUACUUCCACAGCUAAACGUGACCUGCACUUUGUAUUUCCAUAAAACAUCUCCAGAUUUGCUUGCUGUCAAGGAUAUAUUGGUUGCAGCGAUUCUGAAGAAGUCUGAAACCAAACAGGGGUAUUAUAUUUUUGACAUGCCUACUGUGGCAAAUAGCACUGGGAUGACAAUAGCCAACCUCUCAAAUCAUUUGCAAAAAUUGAAGUCUAGUGGAGAGAUAACAUAUGAGUUGAAGGACCCAGCCUUUUGCUAUACAAUUUUGAAGAAUCCAGGAGAUUAUUGUUCCCUUGCUGCACAACUCACAAAAUGGCUAUCAGAGGUUGAAAAUUGUAAGGUAAGGAAAUUAGAUGCUAUGUUCAAUGCUGCAACCUUUGCCUCAAAACUGUGCCCCAAAAUGGAUGGUUGCUCUGGAUCUCUGCAUACUGCAUGCUUGCAGAGGAGGAUUUUUUAUUAUUUCAGCAAAGAUGAUGACAGAAGUUCCAAUAUCGCAAAUAACAUGGGCCAUGGAAGCCCAUUCUUGCGAGCAGAUAUAAAGGUGUUUCUGCAGAGCAGUUCACAUGAAAAAUUCACACCGAGAGCAGUUGCAAGGAUAAUGCAUGGCAUUGCAAGCCCAGCAUAUCCUUCUACUACUUGGUCCAGAACUCAUUUCUGGGGAAGGUAUAUGCACAUAGACUUCCCAGCUGUAAUGGAAGCAGCAAAGAUGGAGCUCAUGAAUUUUGUCGGGAAGGAUGUACUAUAAACAAGGUGUACUGUAAUCUUUUGCAGCAACAAAUCAGGAGAGUGAUUGUACUUGAGGUGCUAAUUUGUAAUGGUUUGUAAGGAAACAGAUCGGGAGGUAGGUCUCUUGAGUUUGUGACUGGGAAGAAGGGUCACUACUCAGUAGCCAAUGUAAAGUGGUGGCCCCUCCCGUUUUUUCAAAUAUAAUGUUUAAUUUCUAUGUGAAAAUGUGAAGAAAAUAAUUAGAGUUUAUGUAGCCCCAAAAAAUAUUAUUUUUUC